AUUCAACAUCCUGCCUUAGAGGUUGGUUUUGAAUUAAGGUCGGGUUUGAUUCAACUACUCCCAACAUUUCGUGGUCUUGAAAAUGAAGAUCCGCAUAAGCACCUAAAGGAGUUCCACGUGGUGUAUUCGAGCUUCAAACCGCAAAGAGUGACGGAAGAUCAAAUCAAACUACGUGCUUUCCCAUUCUCAUUAGCCGAUAGAGCAAAGGAUUGGUUAUUUUACCUUCCUUCAGGCUCAAUAAACACAUGGGAUGAAAUGGUAAGAUUAUUUCUUGAAAAGUUUUUCCCAGCAUCACGAGCUGCCAGCAUUAGAAGGGAAAUAUGUGGCAUCAAACAAAGAGACACUGAGACUCUCCACGAGUACUGGGAACGUUUCAAGCAAUUGUGUGCAAGUUGCCCUCAACAUGGAGUUUCUGAACAGCUCCUCAUUCAAUACUUUUAUGAGGGAUUGCUUCCCAUGGAAAGAAAGAUGAUGGAUGCAGCUAGUGGAGGCGCUAUAGUGAACAAAACUCCUCGUGAAGCUAGAGAUUUGAUAUCCAUAAUGGCUGCCAAUUCACAACAAUUUGGAUGUAGACAGGACACCCCUUCUAGAAGGGUGAAUGAGGUAAACAUUUCUUCUCUUGAGAAUAAAGUAUCUCACUUAACUACUCUUGUUCAACAGUUAGCUCUAGGAGGUACGCAUCAGGUAAAAGCUUGUGGGAUAUGUGCUGCUACUGGACACCAAACUGACAUGUGUCCGACACUUCAAUAUGAUUCUUGUGAGCAAGCUAACGCAAUUGGAGGGUUUCCAGGCCAACCACAACGAAAUUAUGAUCCCUAUUCAAAUACAUACAAUCUAGGAUGGAGGGAUCAUCCAAAUUUCAGCUACAAGCCACGUCCACAAUUUCCACAGUUUCAGCCUAGACAACCCAUUCAACAACAACCUACAUCUUCACAACAACCAUCUUCUAAUUCAAGUAUGUCAUUGGAGGAUAUUGUUAAGUCACUUGCCGCUAACACACAACAAUUUCAACAGCAAACACAACAAUUUCAGCAAGAAACAAGAACAAGUAUUCAACACUUAGAAAGUCAGAUGAGCCAGCUAGCAUCUACCGUGAGUAGAUUGGAAUCUCAAGGUAAGUUACCCUCACAAACUAUUGUAAACCCGAAGCAAAAUGCAAGUGCAGUUACCUUGAGAAGUGGAAAAGAGUUGCCAGAACCUACUCAAGUGAGAAGCAAACACAACCGAGAUGAAGAAAAUGAAAAAGAAUUCCAUCCACCCCAAAAUGAUCAAAAGCUUGUCAAAGAAAGUCCAGAGACUUUGGUAAUUCCUCCUCCUUUUCCUAGUAGAUUGGCAAAAUCAAAAAAGGUGGAAGAACAAAAAGAAAUUCUGGAGACAUUUCGAAAGGUUGAGGUAAAUAUUCCUUUACUAGAUGCUAUUAAACAAAUUCCUCGAUAUGCUAAGUUUCUCAAAGAGUUAUGCACAAACAAAAGAAAAUUAAAAGGCAAUGAAAUGGUGAGCAUGGGAGAAAAUAUUUCUGCCGUUUUACAAAAAAAGUUGCCUCCUAAAUGCAAAGAUCCAGGUAUGUUCACUAUCCCUUGCAAAAUUGGAAAUGUUAACGUUGAAAAAGCAAUGUUAGAUCUAGGAGCUUCAAUUAAUGUGAUGCCUUUAUCUAUUUACUCAUCUUUAAAUGUUGGUUCCUUAAAAGAAACUGGUGUAAUUGUUCAACUUGCUGAUAGAUCUAAUGUUUAUCCUGUCGGGGUUCUAGAGGAUGUUUUAGUACAAGUUGAUGGAUUGAUUUUUCCAGCUGAUUUUUAUGUGUUAGACAUGGAAAAAGACAAUUCUCCAAAUUCUUCAUUGAUCUUAUUAGGAAGGCCAUUUUUGAAAACAUCUAAAACUAAAAUUGAUGUGCAUGGUGGUACGCUCACAAUGGAAUUUGAUGGUGCACUCAUAAAGUUUAACAUUUAUAAUGCCAUGAAAUAUCCUGAUGAUGUGUCAUAUGUUUCUCUAAUAGAUGCUGUCGACCCUCUCGUGCAGAAAAUUUCUUAUUUGACUGAUAAUGAUGCCUUAGAGGUGGCACUAAACAUGAAUUUUACCCCAGAUGGAUUAAAGAAAAUCAUGAAUCAGUUUUCUUUGAAUUUUGAGUUGCAGGAUAUUGUUCAUGAGUUGGAAUCACUAAAGCCAAUUCAAUAUAACGUUCAUUAUAUUGAAUUGCCUACAUCUAGCACAAAACUCCUGCCUUCUGUUAUACAGGCUCCAAAGAUAGAACUGAAACCAUUGCCAGAUCAUCUAAAGUAUGCAUUCUUAGGGGAUGGAGAGACUCUUCCCGUGCUAAUUUCCAACAAAUUGUCUACAUUGGAAGAAGAAAAGUUGGUCCGAGUGCUUAGAGAAUAUAAGGAAGCUAUAGGUUGGACUAUAGCUGACAUUAAGGGAUUGAGCCCUUCUACUUGUAUGCACCGGAUAUUGUUGGAAGAUGAUUGUAAACCUUCUAAACAACCCCAGCGCCGAUUGAACCCACCCAUGAUGGAAGUGGUUAAGAAAGAGAUCCUGAAACUCCUUGAUGCAGGUAUAAUCUAUCCAAUUUCGGAUAGCAAAUGGGUAAGUCCUGUGCACGUUGUCCUAAAGAAAACAGGUAUAACAGUGAUAGAAAAUGAUGAUGGAGAGUUGGUACCCACUCGUAUUCAAAAUGGGUGGUGA